AUGGUAUCAGCACACAACAAUCCAUGGGCCAAGAGAGAUGCUUGGAGGUACGAGGGCCAAUUUAGCAGGUUGAAUAGAUUUAGAAAUGCGUUUCCCGGGUUAGGUAUUGCUAUAGUAGCAUUUACUGCGUAUGUUGGCUUUGAAAAAUUGGUAUUGAAGAAAGGGGGCGAUGAACAUGGACACGAGCAUGAGGAACAUCAUUAG